CAUCAGAAAUGAUGAAAAUCGUAAUUCUGAUCUUUGCUUUGGUGGCUAUCGCCGCUGCCAAGCCCGGUUUGGCCGCUUACGUCGCUCCUGCCGCGUCCUACGUUGCUGCCCCCUACGUCGCUGCCCCCUACGUCGCUGCCGCCGCCCCAUACGUUGCUGCCCCCGCUGUUGUAGCUGUUUAA